CUUAUUCUGCUCUAUUAGUGAUGCGACGCACGCUUGCGGCGGAUUCAGUCGAGAAACAAAACAAGCGAAUGAGGGCUACUCCCGAAUCUACUUCGACCGCAGCAACCGACAAGGCCCAGCGCUACGAUCGCCAGCUCAGGUUGUGGCAGGAGACCGGACAGCAGGCCCUGGAGACCGCGCGCGUGAGUGUCUUUGGGUCAUCGGCACUGGCGGCAGAGUCGCUGAAGAACCUCAUUCUACCAGGCAUUGGCGAGUUUGUGGUUAUUGACGACGCGACCGUUGGCGAGCAGGAUGUGCUGACAAACUUCUUUGUUGCACCCGCUGAUCUUGGCAAGCCGCGCGCCGAGGCAAUCGUCGAGCAGCUCACUGAGCUCAAUCCAGAUGUGCGCGGCUCCGCUGUGGUGAAGUCCGCAGAGAGCGCCCUAGAGACAGACAUCCUUGAGUCGGCCACCCUGGUCAUUGCCUGCGGCCUGCCUGCGCACACCGUCCAGCGAAUCAGCAGGCUGUGCUGGGAGAGGAACAUUGCGCUGGUGGUCGCCGAUACUGCAGGAUUUGCUGCCCGUCUCCGCACGGCUAUUCCGGAGCACGCUGUGGUCGAGUCACAUGAGGAGCUGGCGCCCGACCUGCGGAUUCAAGCGCCAUUCCCGGGCCUAGCCGAGCACAGUGACUCCAUUGACCUGGACACUCUUGACCACGUUGAUUUGGCCCACGUCCCAUAUGUGGUUCUCGUGCUCAAGGCAUUGCGCAGUUGGGCCACUGCCAACGGGCGCGAGGUGCGCCGCGACACUGCGAUCACGUAUGCCGAGAAGCGCAAGAUCAAAGAGGAGAUUCUCUGCAUGGCGCCUAAUAUGGACGAGGAGAACUUUAGAGAGGCCCACGACAAGGUCAACGGCGACGUGAUUCCGUACCAGAUCCCAGCCGAGGUGCGCCGCAUUCUCAGCGACCCCGCCGCCCAGAACAUCACUGCAAAGUCGGAGAAGUUUUGGAUUAUGGCCCACGCCCUCCGUGCGUACAUGGCCUCACCGUAUGCCGAUGGCCAGCUGCCGCUGAGCGGCACCAUUCCGGACAUGAAGGCCGACACCAAGAGCUACAUUGCACUGCAGCGUGUGUACAAGCAAAAGGCAGAUGCCGACAAGGCCGAGUAUGCACGCCAUGUACGCGAGUCGCUGGCAUCACUAGACCUACCGCCUGAUUUCAUCUCGCAGGGCGAGAUCGAUGCGUACUGCAAGGACGCAAGGCGGCUGCGGCUGCUGCGGUUUACACCCCUGCACGACGAGCUCGAGUCGGGGCCCAAGGAUGCCUCGGCGCUGGUGAGCGCUGGAGCGCUGGACCAGUACGUGGCAUUCCGCGCGUCGGAUGUGUUCUUUGCCAAGCACAAGCGGCACCCUGGCGUGGCUGACAGCUCGACGCAGGGCGAUGGCAAUGACGUGGUGAACAACGACACAGCCGAACUGGUGGCAAUUGCCAAUGAGCUGCUGGUGCAGUGGAGUAUUGAGUCGGAGGUUGCCGAGGAUGUGGUGCGUGAACUGGCACGCUCAGGUCAUGCCGAGCUCCACAACAUCGCAUCGCUUGCUGGUGGAAUUGUGUCGCAGGAGGCCAUCAAGCUGGUCACACACCAGUACGUGCCAGCCAACAACGGGUGCAUCAUCGACGGUGCCAGUGCUCGCAUCAUCUUUGUGGCGGUCUAACAUCAUACUUGUUGAAAUAUUAAGCCUAUGAACUAACACCAUUAACCCUAUUCACUGUGUCAAGCAGCGUUGAGCCGCUGACGUCGUAGUAGUCCAGAGUAAUAAAGUUUGGCACCCGCUCGGCGCCCCAAACCUU